CUACAGAGCACCUGUUUAUCACGUGCCACUGUUGCCAGGCCAAGCGAGGCAGAGGUCGCAUCACGUAUGAGUUUUUCAUCCACAAGUGGGCGAGAGAGGAACAGAUAGAGAGUAGGAGAAGAAGUUUGUUCGAGUAUUGACUAUUGAAAGAGAUGGAGACACCAUUUAAGGCAGAUAUACUGAAGGGGAAGGUGGUGUUGAUAACUGGAGGUGGUUCUGGUAUUGGUUUUGAGAUAUCAACACAGUUUGGGAAACAUGGUGCCUCUGUAGCAAUCAUGGGCAGACGGAAACAAGUGCUUGAUUCUGCUGUCAACGAACUCCAAUCCCUUAAAAUCCCCGCUGCUGGCUUUGAGGGAGAUGUUCGCAAGCAGGAAGAUGCUAAAAGAGUCUUGGAAUCAACUUUUAAACAUUUUGGCAGGAUUGACAUUCUUGUGAAUGCUGCUGCUGGCAAUUUUCUUGUAUCACCUGAAGAUUUGUCGCCAAAUGGAUUUCGAACAGUUAUUGAUAUUGACGCUGUUGGCACCUACACAAUGUGCCAUGAAGCCCUCAAGUAUCUGAAGAAAGGAGGACUUGGACGAAGCUCUUCGGGCGGUGGAACAAUUUUGAACAUAAGUGCUACUUUGCAUUAUACAGCUGCUUGGUAUCAGAUACAUGUAUCUGCUGCAAAGGCAGCUGUUGAUGCUAUUGGUCGGAACCUGGCCUUGGAGUGGGGCACUGACUAUGAUAUUAGAGUGAAUGGGAUUGCUCCAGGUCCCAUUGCUGAUACCCCUGGCAUGAGUAAACUUUCACCCCAGGAGCUUAAUAGCAAAGCAAGAGAAUACAUGCCUCUUUAUAAACUAGGGGAGAAAUGGGACAUUGCAAUGGCUGCUCUCUUCCUUGCUUCUGAUGCUGGUAAAUAUGUCAAUGGAACCACUGUAAUUGUUGAUGGAGGACUUUGGUUGAGCCGGCCUCGCCAUCUUCCGAAAGAGGGAGUCAAGCAGCUUUCUCAAACUGUCGAAAAGAGAUCCAGAGCAUCACCCGUAGGGGUUCCAUCCAGCAAGCUUUAAAUCGGAAGUUAUGCACAUGCAUACUGGGAAAUUUAUUUCUGCAAAAUCGUUCAUGGGUUUGAUUUCCAUCCCGAGCAACCAUGCAUUUGUAGUUUCCUGGGGCUACAUGCUUGCAGAUUAUUAUUUGGUCAUGAGAGUUUUUGCGUUGUCAUGUCAGACUAGAAAACUAGAUACUAUUUUUUCAACCUGAUGGUUUUUCAAGGAAUGUAAUCAAGCUGUUAAAAUAAAAAUAAAAUGAAAAGACCCUCAGAUUUAUUAAAA